GAACCAACUGAAGUUCGUGUUUCUCUCGGUCUAACAUGCGUGAUGCACCGUAGAUACCUGCGUGUUUACAUCAUAUAAUCUUAUUUGUUGUACUUCUCUCUACUUCAUUAAGUGAAUGUACUGAUAUCAGCCACCCAAGAUGUUAAAAGAUCUUCCUCGAGAAGCUCUGCUCCGGCCGUUGACCAGGACUGAGGUGGUGAGCAUGCUGUUGAGGCUGACGAUCUUUGGAGCAGCCACCUACUACAGCAUCAAAUGGAUUGUGGAAGCAAUGGACCCCACUGCUAAACAGAAAAGCCAAGCCAAAAAAAGGGCAGAACACCUUAUGAAGAGGAUUGGUGUUGAGGGCGUCAAACUCACUGAGUAUGAGAUGAACAUCGCAUCACAACUAGUGGAUCCACAAACAAUGAAGGUGUCCUGGAGAGAUAUUGCAGGUCUUGAUGAGAUAAUCAAUGAGCUACAAGACACAGUCAUUCUGCCCUUUCAGAAAAGACACCUUUUGGCUGGAUCCAAACUCUUUCAGCCACCAAAAGGUGUUUUGUUGUUUGGUCCUCCAGGCUGUGGCAAAACCAUGAUUGCUAAGGCGACAGCCAAAGCUUCUGGCUGCAAGUUUAUCAACCUGCAGGCAUCGGCGCUGACCGAUAUGUGGUAUGGCGAAUCGCAAAAGCUCACAGCUGCUGUCUUUUCAUUGGCGGUCAAACUACAACCAUGUAUCAUUUUUAUUGAUGAAAUUGAAUCAUUUCUCAGGAACCGCUCCAGCCUUGAUCACGAAGCUACUGCCAUGAUGAAGGCCCAGUUCAUGAGCUUGUGGGAUGGCAUGGAAACUUCCUCAGCCACCCAGGUGAUGGUCAUGGGGGCAACAAACCGACCACAAGAUGUAGAUCCUGCUAUCCUACGCAGAAUGCCCACCACGUUUCACAUUGGCCUUCCUGACUCAAAACAAAGACAUGACAUCCUGCGGCUGAUAUUAGCGGAAGAAAAUUUGAGCGCCACUAUUAAUCUGAAGGAGAUGGCCGAGAAGACAAACGGAUACUCGGGCAGCGACUUGCGGGAACUUUGCCGCGAUGCUGCCAUGUACAGAGUUCGAGACUACGUCCGCAAGGAACAGAUGAGGCAGAUCGCCCAGCAGUUAGGAGAGGUCCAGGAAGACAAAACACCCGUGGAUGAGGAUAGAUUGCGACCAAUCACCCAGCUCGACCUCCUCUUUGCCCUGGACAAGAUGAGGGAGUCCAAACGGGGCACGGCGACCAUGUUACCGACUGUUCCCGAGGUUACGCUGGACUGAAUGUCUUUUAAGCUCCCCCACCCCGCCCCCCAAUCUCAGUGAUGCCCAUCAGGUACACGCCUCUUUUUGUCUUUACCUGUUUCUUCUGCACAAUGAACAGGAGGCUGCACUGAGUUUGGGACUCUGUUGAGUUGUGCAAGAAAAUUCCGCUAUCCGAGCCCUGUGCAAAAUGACUAUUUAUCAUGAGAGCAUGUUUUCUCAAACCCAAGACCCAUAAGCAGUAGAUGAAAUUAUGUAUUAGAAUAGAAGCAGAACCCUACGGAAACAUGGAACUACCAAUGUGGAGUAAAAAUUGUUGCCUGGCAGACACAUUCAAGUGCAUUUGCAAAUACAUUCAGACAUAUUGACAUUCAAAUGCACACGUUUGAACAUAUUUCCAAGUGCAUUUGAACAUAUUUACAUAGGUUUGAACGUAUACGGAAAUGUGUUGAAGCAAACCCGCAAAUGAACGUAAUGGUAGGCUAAAUGCUAUCAACGUUUGUUUUUCCCAUAGUGCCACGGGUUAUUCACUCGCGCAACUAAAACAAAACAAAAAAGAAACUAUUUAUACUAGUGCUGUCAAACGAUUAAAAUAUUUAAUCGUGAUUAGAAAUGCAACUGUCAUAAUUAACUCAUAAUUAAUCGUGAUUACUCACACGUUUUUUUAUCAUUUCUAAAUUUCCUUUGAUAUUUUUGUCCUAUUUUUCCCGUUUUAAUGCUCUCAUUAACAUGGAAUCAUGGAUUAGUUUUCUAUGUGCAAAAUGCAAAUAUUUACUGAUUGAUGACAACAACAGCAUUUCAAUUUUACAUGAACAUUUUUCACUUGGACCAGUUAUUCACACAUAAUCUCACACAACAUGACUGACUGUCUCAUCAACAACAGUGAAAAAAAUAUUUUGUCUCACAAUAGCUCCUUUAACAGCUCUUUUUAGGAAAUUAAAACGGAGCAAUAUAAAAUUAUAAAGUGCACAUCUUAGGUAAACUAGUACUCAGCCUAUAUUGGAUUUAAGCCAUGGUUGCAUACUUCGUUUUUCUCAAGUUUGCUUUAAACACAGCAGUCAGGCUAUGUUGAUUCUGUUGGUUCUUCUUGCACGGAAGUCUCUCUAUGUUUUUGUGUAGACAUCAUUUCGAAUGACUACACUUGUUUCGAGGCACAAGACUGGAGACGUUUUCUUAUUUUCAGUGUGGUCGCUACCACUGCACCGCUGAACUCUCGACGUGUCUCAGCGCACCGUCACUGUCAGACGAACAUAGAGACGCUCCACCCCCUUUAUUUAUAUUGACACGGAACACGGUAACCUUCCACACAAAAUAGUUUCAAACAAGUAACAAUCGUGUCAGUGGCAUACAUUGUAUUCAACAGGCUACCUGCUCUUUAUUAACCAGAGGCUCAUCAACCUAGUCUCUUAUUUCUCCGCCGAAACAGUGUCUUCUCCCGCUUGGUGUACCUUAGCGUUCUCCGCUACGUACAAUUUCUGUACAUAGCUUGUAAUGGGGGCUCUCGCUGGCAAUCCGUAGUGGAGUCGUUAGAAGCAGUGCGAAUGAUUUCAGCUUGAGUCGAGCUGUGGACAAUGUUGACAGGCUUGCAUGCAGUAGCCAUACAUUUAUCUAUGGCUUCAGCAAAUUUGUUCUUCGUCGUGUUAUCCAUUUUCUUCGCUUUGAAAUUAUCCAUAGCUGUCUGUCUUAGCCGAGGGGGCGGAGUACUCACAUCAGCUAUGUGCUUGGUCAUUAAGUGGUAUUUCAGGCUCGACGUGCUAUGAUGAUAGCUCAGUUUACGACUGCAAAACAUACGGUUAACUUUGGUUUUGUCAGUGGAACCAUCUGGCAACUUUUUAAAAGUAAACUUUCCAUUCAUAAACUCUUUAAGUAUCAAUUUUCGGUGUCUCGCACUGCCAUGGCUGGCAAAACUGACAUGGGCGUGGACCUGUGCAGCGCACUUGUUGUUUUGUUUCCGGCUUAUUUGUAGAGCAACGUAACAUCCGCUGUGACAUGUUGCUGCAUUAAUCUUGCGAUAAAAAUUUAAUCACGUUAAAUCGAUAGAUAGUGAGUACUGUGAUUAGAUUGUUUAAGAAGAAUGACCUCUAUUUAUGUUAGUGUUGUUCAUCUUCUUAUUAUUAUUAUUUAUAUUUUUAUCCGUCCAUCCAUCCAUUGUAUGAUCCACUUAUCCUCACAAGGGUCACGGGGCGUGCUGGAGCCUAUCCCAGCUGUCUUCGGGCAGCAGGCGAAAGUCCUUCCAACUACGUUGGAAUGUUUGGCCAAUCCAAAAUGUUUACUCCACGUUGGCAGUUCCACACUUCCGUAGAAAGUAAUGUGUUGGUAAAAUGUACUUGCUCCAUAAUGCAUGUUUUUUCAGAAAAGACCCUCCAUGUAGGCUGUUAGCACACAAAAAUAAAAAUUUCACACCCACAUUCAAUCAUAAAAGCUCAAUGCAGAGAACUUGACGAACACUGAUGCAUAUGAAUGAGCCUGCUGUUUUUAAAUAGUGAGUCAUGGCAACAACGAAAAGACACUAUGCAUUAUUUCCAAUCUGCCAGUGCUGUGAUUUUAUGUAAAUGAACCUGGGUGGACCACGUUGGGAACAAGGAUAUCCUUGGUGAUAGAAGGAUGAUGCUGAAGAAGAAAAUGCCUGCUGUUGUAUACCAGCAAUACAAAUACUGUUGGAAAAGUGGGAUUGUGUUGUUCCAAAAAGGGCACAACUCAAGGACCUACGAUAACAGGAAUAGGGUGGCAUCUCAAGCAAAAAUGUUUCAGUAUGAUUCAUAAAUCAAAAAGUAUAUAAUGUGGUAUGUAGUGUUAAAUGGUGCAUUAAAAUAUGUGUUCCCUACUGGUCAAAAGGUCACAUUCAGACUUCUAACAAAGACAUCAAAUGUUGAAUGUCUGCACUUUGUUUCCCUUACAUUCCCAUUUGUCUUUGUAUUUUAUCCAUAGUUGUUUUAUCAGUUCAGCAUAUACUGGUAUGCAACUGUCUUUGUGUGCACACGUGUGUAUAUCGUGUCCCUGUCCUGUAAAAAACAUGUACUGGUAUGCCCCUUUUUUUUGUCUUUUUAACAUUUCUUUACGUGAUUGAGAUAUCCUAAACGUGGCAGCCAAUCAUUUUGUAAUGGGGCGAAUCCUGCCUCUGAAGCUGUCCAACUGUGUGUCGUCAAGCCUCGGUAUAUGGUCUGAUGGUGUCAGAGGUCGGUUAAAAGAAUAUUGGGGAGCAAUCAUUAAAACCAAGGCAGGUUCCGGAUCAAGUUGAGGAGCAGUUUAAAGCAAGAUUAGCGUUUGAAAAGAUCUUAAAAGCUUUACACAUCUCGCAGAGCACUGUUCGAUCCAUCCAUGAAAUGUAGAGGCAGGUUCGGGAUGAAGUUGAGGAGCAGUUUAAAGCAAGAUUAGCAUGUGAAAAGAUUUCAAAAGCUUUCCACAUCUUGCGGGGCCCUGUUUGAUCAAUCUUCUUGAAAUGGAGAGCGGAUCAGACCACUGCAAACCUACCAAGACCCGGUCGUCCCUCAUGGUCUAGGGCUGCUUUUCUUCAGCAGGAAAAGGGAUGACAGCUUGAGUUGAGGGGAAGAGCGAUGGAUAGAACCGAAUGCAAGGCUAAGAUAAGAUAAGAUAAGAUAUCCUUUAUUCGUCCCACACUGGGGAAAUUUACAGCCUCCAGCAGCAAGAAUGUAUGUAGAAAGAAGAAAGGAGAAAGAGAAAAAAAAACAACAAACAUCUUUCAAUUAAAUACAAUAUGAACACAAAUUGUACUACCACUAUUUAGGUCUACAAAGACCUUAGAUUGGGAUGCACCUUCAACCAAGACAAUAAUCCUUCACACAAAGCAAAAAAGUGGAAUGGUUCAAAAUCCCACUUUUCAGAAUGUUCAAGGGGUGGUUGAAUACUUUUGCUAGCCGGCAUAUAUGUUGUCUUUAAUGUGCUACCGUGAGCAGUUGCUGACACUUUUACAUCAUCAGUGCUUUUACACACGUGUGAACUUGCUAUCGGAGGUCUAAAAUUAAACUGUUGGGUGACAGUUUGUGCUUUAUCUUCGGAUUUGGAUGGGAAAUGCCUGGAAUUGAAAGGCAGGACGAGUUCACAAAUUCAAAUAUUCACUUUGAUGUAUCAUCAAAAUGUACUGUAUCAUUUCAUGUUUGCACAUGUUUACAAUCACGUUAUUUGAUCUGGAAAGCAUUCAUGAGCUCUAUGACUGUUUUUGUCUGUCUGUCUGUCUGUCUGUCUGUCUGUCUCUAAUUAAGCACGCGGGGGCGGUAGAGCUGCAUUGCUUCUCACCAAGACACCUUGACAUUUGAGCUGUGUGUGUGUUUUAAGAGGAUUAUGGUGACAAUGAGCCCAGCAUGUAGCACAGAGUUUUGUUUUGGGAUUUAUUUAUUGAGAAUUAGGUAUUACUGUGGCUACAAAAUCAUCAGAUGACAUGUUAAAUUUCAAUAUGUUACCAUGCAAACCAGUAAUCGUAAUUACUGGAAACAUUCUUCCUACUUUGGGUUCAUGACAGAACGUCAUCUGUGAUCAUCUUGUGAGAUCAUGUUGAUCACAAGCUCCACGGUGUAUUUAGUGAUUGGUUUUUUUUAGAUAUUUUUUUUCCUCCCUGUUUCAGUGUUAUCUCAGUUAUUGCUUUGUGAAUAUGUAAACGCCGCGUUAUACUUGAAUAAACAAAGUGUAAAGAUAAACGGUCUCACAGUAA